AUGUCUGCGCACCUCCACCGCCGCCUCGCCGCCCUCGCCGCCUCCUGCCCGCCGCCCUCCGCCCUCUUCUACGCCCGCCUCUUCCUCGCCCUCGCCCCCGACCACCACGACGCCGCACACGCCCUCGCCCUCGCAUUCCUCGCAAACCACCAGCCAUACAACGCCAUACACCUCCUCAGAGACACCACAGGUCUCGACACCCUCGACCAGCACCUCCACCUCACAGCAGAGCCCACCCCAAACGCCUGCUUUGCCUGUGCACUCGUCGUCGCAAACGCCUGCGACCGUCUCGGCAGGUACACCGAGGGACAAGCCGUCCUCGCCAGGGCACUCAAGAGAUGUCCAGUCACCAACAUCACCUUCCCCUCUCCCGUGUCAUCGCCAGCGACCGCGCAUCUGCUCCUGGCGACCCUCUCGCAGAAGAGCAAGGCGACAGAGACAGCGGUAGAUAGCUACAAAAAGGCCCUCGAAGAAGACCCAUGGCUGUGGGAAGCGUUCACCGGACUGUGUGAUAUCGGUGCACAUCCACCCGUCGAGCAACUAUUCCCUAUCCCAACCUCACACCCGCUCUCUCGCUCGAAUACUUCCCGGUCAUCUAGGCCCCCAUUAUCACCCAAUCUGCAUAGACAAAAGUCGCCUGCAGAUCUCGCGCCAGGUAUACUGAGGGCGCAAGGGAGUGGCAGCAAUGGUAACUCCAACGUCCCUUCCAAUGGCGGCGGCCUCUUCACCCCAGACGUUGGUGGCGCCGAAAGAAAACUCGGAAUGCUGGGCAACACGUCCGCUUGGGACACAUCUUCCGUCAUGGGUGACUCGACAUUUGCGCUCACCUCAGAGCCCCCGUCCAAACGACCCUUCCCCACAUUCAUGUCCCAAGCCACCUCCUUCCUCCCCUCAUCCCUCCGCGGCGGCACAAGCACACCCGCCAACCCCAACGUCAGCGACUCUCCCCCCAAACUGCAAAUUAAACGUGCCCGCGGCAAAGACGUCAAGAAGGCUGCCGAAACGCCCCAGAAUCAGAUGGGGCCCUUGGCUAGGGAAUUGCGGCCGAACGGCGCCAUGAGAGGGUUGGAUGAUGACGGGAUCGUGCGAAGAAGCUCGAGGCUGAAGACCGGGACGGCCAAACCUAUCGCCACCAAGCCUACAGCGCGCAGUGUCAGGUCGCGCUCGGCAGCUUCCUCUGCAUCGACCGAUAUACCUUCCCCUCCCGCUUCCGCGCAAUCGCAAUCAUCGCAAGCUCAAGCAAAAAUGCAGGCUCAAGCACAAGCACAAGCACAAGAGGCACUGCUCCAGAGUGCGGCCGAUGACUAUCUUCGGGAUAUCGUGAGAAAAUGUGCACAAACUUAUAGGAGCCUGAGUAUGUACCAGUGUGAGCAGGCACUCAAAGAUAUAGAUCUUUUGCCCAAUGAGCUCAAAACAAGUCCUUGGGCACUCGAUAUCUUGGGCCGAACGUUCUACGAGAUGGCUAAUUAUCCCAUGGCUCGCCAGGCAUUCGCCUUUCUCCAACAGCUCGAACCCUACCGCCUUCAAUCCAUGGAACAAUACUCUACCCUCCUCUGGCAUCUCGACGAUCUCCCCAUGCUCUCCCACCUCUCCCAAACCCUCAUAUCCAUCUCACGCACCUCCCCUCAGGCGUGGAUAGCCAUCGGCAACUCGUUCUCUCUCAAAGGCGAGCAUGAUGAGGCCAUGAGAUGUUUUAGGCGGGCAACGCAGGUUGACCCUGCAUGUGCGUAUGCGUGGACGUUGUGCGGGUAUGAGGCGGUUGAAAUGGAAGAAUUCGAGAGGGCGCUGGUGUUCUAUCGUACAGCCAUCAGGACUGAUACGAGACAUUACAAUGCUUGGUACGGAAUGGGAUUAGUCUAUCUCAAGACCGACAAGCCUGCCUAUGCCGAACAUCACUUCAAAAGAGCAGUCGAAAUCAACCCCACCAAUGCUGUCCUCCUGUGCUGCGUCGGAAUGGCUCUCGAGAAAUCCGACGAUAUCGUCCAAGCCAUUCAUUACUAUGAGCUCGCCUCAAGAUAUGCCCCCCACUCGCCCAUGGUCCAGUUCAAGCGUAUCCGCGCCCUUGUCUCGCUGCAGCGGUACGACGAAGCCAUCUUGGCCCUCGAACCCCUCACGCAUACCGCGCCGGACGAGGCCAAUGUGUUCUUCUUGCUGGGUAAAUGUUAUCUCAAGAGAGAUAGGCGUGCAGAGGCGACCAAGGCGUUGACGAUGGCGAGGGAAUUGGCGCCCAAGCUGGAGGGCGCCAUCAACUCUGUGUUUUUGGCGAAUGGAGACGAGCUCGAGGAAGAAGAUUAG